AUGUCCGCCGCUCCGAUUGUGCCGCCCACGCGGGUCCUAGCCGUCGCUAGCCAUGUUGUCUCGGGCUAUGUCGGCAACAAGGUAGCCGUCUUUGUGCUACAGUCAUUGGGCUGCGACACGGCUGCCCUCAACACCGUGCAAUUCAGCAACCACACCGGCUACCGCCAUUGGACGGGGACAAAAGCCACGGCGCAGGAAAUUAGCGACCUCUACCGCGGCCUCAAGGACAACUACAUCAAUGACUUUGACAUGAUGCUUUCCGGCUACAUCCCCGGCGCCGAGGGCGUCCUCGCUGUCGGCGACAUCGCCAAGGAGCUCAAGGCGACCAACAAUGAGCAACCGGGAAACUUUUUCUGGGUGCUCGACCCGGUCAUGGGUGACAACGGCAACUUGUACGUCGCCGCCGACGUCGUGCCCGCAUACAAGUCGCUUCUCUCUUACGCCGACCUAAUCAUUCCCAACCAAUUCGAGGCCGAACUUCUCUCCGGAGUCAAGAUCACAGACAUGGACAGCCUUGCCGCCGCCAUUCAGGCUUUUCACGACACGCACCGCGUUCCCCACGUCGUCAUCACCUCGGUCAGCCUUUCCUCGCCCGACAUCCCCGCCGACCACCUCUGCGUCGUCGGGUCCAGCAUGACGUCCACCGGCCGGGCGCGCCUCUUCAAGGCCGUCUUUCCCAGCAUCGACUGCUACUUUUGCGGUACCGGCGAUAUGUUCGGCGCCCUCGUCACGGUGCGCAUGCGCGAGGCGGCGGCGGCGGCCGACGUCACGGCCCGGGCCAACUGGGUGAGCGACGACGACGUUGCGCCGGCGGACCUGCCGCUGGCCCGCGCGACGGAGAAGGUGCUGGCGAGCAUGCACGAGGUGCUGACACACACGAGGAACGCGAUGCCGGGUGUCGUGGAGCGCACGCUGGCGGCCAUGGCGACGGAGGAGGAGCGCGGCGGCGAGAAGCAGAGGAUGCUGGCGGGCAAGAAGGCAGCGGAGCUGCAGCUCGUGCGAAACUUGGACUGCCUCCGCUCGCCGCGCAAGAAGAUUGAGGUGCGUCCGUUUUAG